ACGAGUCCGCGCGAGCUGGAGCUCGAUAGUGACGGUUAGUAGUAGCGCGUCAUAGCGCGUUGCUGACACUGCUGACAGUACUGACAGUUACCAGUUGGCGGUUCGCCGCUGCUGAUAAGAGGUGCUACACACGCACGUACGGCGAGACACGCGCGCGUAACGACGCGGCCAUGCUGUAACGUGCUAUAACGUGCAUCGCGUGUGUACACACUCGACGCGGAGGCCGCGUGUCUGCACGAAUUGUCGUCCUCGCUGUCCUCCUGUUCCUUUUGUCGUCAUCGUCGUCGAUCAUGGACAACGUGGCGCGCAGCCAGGGCGGGCUGGCGAGACUGUCGACGUUGCUGGGAGCCCCGGAGGCCGCGCUGCGCCUUCUCGUCUCUAUUUUACUGGGAUUUCCCGUUGCUCUUCUUCAUAGGUACACGCUCUACGGCAAAGAUCCUAUACGUCAGCACUUAUUUUUCAUAGCGUGCGGCCUCUCAAUUGGUUACUGGAAUUACGAUUGUAAAAUACUUCAUUCAUCGACGGCGGUAUGCGCUACGUAUCUGAUCCUCACGGUACUUGGCAGCACCGGACUGUCCGUCAUAGUAACGUUCCUCUUCAACAUGACGUAUUUACUUUACGGCUAUUACACCACCAGUACCCAAGAUUACGAUAUAAAAUGGACAAUGCCGCAGUGCGUGCUGACCCUUAGGUUAAUAGGACUUGCAUUUAAUUUAUGGGACGGUCGAAAACGUGACGAGGAACUUUCCGAUAGUCAGAAACAGGUGGCCUUGAAGGAACGACCAUCACUAUUGGAAAUAGCGGCGUACGCGUACUUUCCAGGCGCCUUCCUAAUCGGGCCGCAGUUCAGUAUGCGACGAUACUUGGACUAUGUCAAUGGUCAAUUCUCUGAUCGCGAUCCGCAAACUGGUGCCAUCAUACUGCCAGAUUGCGUGUCAGCGGGAUUGCUUCGAGCAUUUGUCGGAUUUAUAUAUGUAGCGAUAUUUCAAAUCGGCACACUUUACGUUUCUGAUCAGUUCCUCUUGGAGCCGUCAUUCCAGAAAUUAAAUUUUAUUAAGAAAUGCUUGCUGAUCGGUUUGUGGGGCCGCAUCAAUCUCUACAAGUACGUCAGCGUUUGGCUAAUCACAGAAGGGGUGUGCAUCACCUUUGGUCUCACAUAUAAUGGAAAAGACUCGCAAGGUCGUAUUAAAUGGGAUGGUUGUGCUAAUGUUAAAUUGCGAAGGUUUGAAACUGCUACGCAGUUCAAUCACUACAUUCUCUCGUUCAACAUAAACACAAAUCACUGGUGUGCUGAAUACAUUUACAAGAGGUUAAAAUUCCUCGGCUCAAAAAUGUACAGUCAAGUAAUGACGCUACUCUUCCUUUCCCUUUGGCACGGUUUCCACUCCGGAUACUAUCACUGUUUCUUCAUGGAAUUUAUCGUGAUGUACUUUGAGCGAGACAUCGGACCAGUAUUAAAGAACAGCGAGAUAGUACAAACGUUGCUGAAAACGCGAUGGGAAGCACGCAUACUCGCUUGGGUCUUUCUGAAACUUUACACCUUUGUUUUUAUGGGCUAUCCCAUACUGUCGUUCGUACUUCUCUCGUUUUCGCGAUAUAAUCAAGUUUACGCUAGUAUAUAUUAUUGCGGACACGUGUUCUUCCUCUCUUACCCGCUGCUUGCGCCGUACAUUAAACGGUUGCUUGGUCAAAGACACGAACGUCAGCGAUCACACCAAGAAUAAGACGGUACGAUCUCUCUUUCCUUUUUCCUUGAUAUUGUUGAAGCAUCGCCCCUUGUACUUGUUUUCCUUCAUUACGUUCGUUGCGAAUCAAUAUUGGAGAAGACGUACAGAUGUGGUGUAAUAGACACUGGUAUACAGUUACACUUACUUACAAUCACUAGUCUUCAGAAGAAAUGUGAUAGCGCAUAUCCACGGAAGAUACGGGGAAUAAGGCACAUUACCGUCACUAUCACAUUUCGUAACAGUUACGAAUUCUUUAAAAUGUAAUGCAAAAUUUCUAUCGCUUAAUAUAAUGCUCGACGAUCAGGUUUCACAAUUAAAAAAUUUAUCAUAAAAACGAAAUGACGAUAGUGGGGGCAUAUAUAUGUGUAUAUGUGUGUAUGUAUGUAUAUGUGUGUGUGUAUGUGCGUACGUGCGUGCGUGCGUGCGUGCGUGCGUGCGUGCGUGCGUGCGUGCUUGCGUGCUUGCGUGCAUGCGUGCGUGCGUGCCUGCGUGCCUGCGGAUAUUAUUUCUAAGAACAUUUCAAUCUAUGAAUCGACGCACCGUUUAGAAAAAAUUCCGCUGGUCGGGAAUUUUGUGUGCCUGUAUAUUUAAAAGUUUCUAUGAUCAAACUUUACGACACAAAAAUUCAAGAAAUUUCAGCAACAGUUCUAGACACUUCAGUAUUUUUCUACAACAUUAUACGUUCUUGCGUCUUCAAUAGUAUUUUUGUACCUGUAGCGUGUUUAAUUGGUUAAGGUUUCAUUUACAUGUAUUCCAAUUGUAAUAAAAUCUGUUAAAAUGCGUCACUCCCUUUUAUGAUCAACCUAGAAUAGGUAUAGUAAUAAGUCACAAGAAAUUGAUUAAUCACAAUCGAAUGUGAGAAGAAUAAUCAAUCAUGAUUAAGUUUAUAAAUCAACGGACUUUCAAAAUUUAAAAAUACAACAUUCGAGCAAGAUUAAUAAGGAUCUAGUGCAGUUAUUAAUGUACAGUUCUAAUUAUGAACUCAUUCCUUAUUUAUUAAACAUAAGAUUAAUAAAAGAACAGAGUAUUUCAUCUCUGAGAUUACUUUGUAUUUGUAAGAUGUCACUUCGGAUGCGGUAACCCGCUAGUGGUUUAACCGUCUUUAGACUGAGGAGUAAACAUCUACAUGCAUUUCAGGAAUAUUGUUAAAUCCGUUUAGGGCCGUGAACGUGUGCGGACGUGUCUGUCCGUUACUGGAAAUAUUUUUAAAACCGUCGAUUGCGUGACGAUUGGUAAUUAUCUGAGUUUUAGUUACACUUUUGUUAAGAUUUUGUAUUACACACCUAGCCUCUAGAGUAUGGUCGUAUUGUCUUCGUGAUUCGAUUGAAAGAAGAGUACCAAAUUGACUGAACUGAACUGAACGGGAAUAUACUGAGGAUGAGCUAAAAUGAUCGUAGUUAAUUAGUUAUUUUAUUUUUAAUAAACGUGAAAAGAGUUUGUAAUUGUAACUGUACAUUAAUAACUGCACUAGACUCUUAUUAAUAUUAUACGUAUAAUUUUAUAAAGGCUUGGAACAAUUCACAUGUGUUUUUAAAACAUUUUGCUUCUUUCCGUAAAAAAAAAUGAAUGCAUUUAACUAAAGUUAAAUAAAUUUAAUAUAUUAUAUCCGAGACGGCACAAAAAUCUAAAAGAUGUAAGACGUCCAAAAGACAUCUAAGAAAUUCUUUUUAUGAUGUCUUUUAGAUUUUUUUGCUAUUUAGAGAUCUUGAGCAAUAACAUUACCUUUGAAAAAUUACAAUAAAUGCAUUAUGGAUUAAUAAUAUAAUAUAAUGUUAUCAAAAUAUGCUAUAAAAAGGGAUGACUUUUAUAUAACACUUCAAAAAAAUUGAAUUUUUCUGGUUUUUGCCUGUGAUUUGUUGCAACUAUAAUUGUACAAUGAUUAGUCAAUUUCUCAAAGUUUAAAGUUUACUACACCUAUUGUAGAUUGGUCCUUAGUGAUAAGGACUGUUAAGGAUAGAUAAUGAUAGCGUAACUAGUCGAGUAUCACAAUAUUCUCUAAAGACUCGAGGGAAAAAGCAAUUGUGCUUUUCUUAGGUACCGCAAUAAGAACGUCCACUCGCAAAAAAUAAGUUCAGGGAAAUUGCGUUGCGGAGAAUACCUAGAGAAUAAUACCGUGAUUUUGUAAGUGCGAAAAUUAGCUCUAAAAUAACGUCUAUAGUCAGGUACGCGAUAUAUCGUGCACGAUUAAAGUUGAAAUAUACGUAUAUUUUACCGUAG